AUGUCAUCCACACCUUGCCCCCUGUGCCCAAGGUAUUACCAUCGCGCGGGACAUCUUGCAAGACAUAUUCACCGGCAUCAUGGCGGUGACGAUGCGCCUGAGGACGAGCGUUUAGAAGACGAAACUACGCUGCCAGACGCCGGGCCUGGUACGCUUACUCUGGUAAUUGAUGGCUCGGACGAUUCUACAGACUCAGAAGCCGACUCUGAGGCGGAAUCCGACUUUGACCCUGACUCCGACGACGAUGGCCCUGCGGCGAUCGCCCCCCCGAUCUCAGAGCAAGCUGACGAUAAUCAAAGGGCCACAGCAUACCUACCCAACAGUGGACAAUGA